AGGGGGCGGAGCGGCGGCGGCGGCAGCAGCGUCCCCGGCCGGAGCUGCCCUGCCGGGAGCGGCGCGGGGAGCAGCGGAGCCGCGGGGCGGCCUCGCCGCCGAGCGGGCUGAGGGCGGCUCCGGGCCGGGUGGCGCGGCCGCGGGCACGGCGGCUCCUCGCUGCCCUCAGCGGGGUGAGGGCGCCCCCCGGCGGCGGGGCGCUCCCGCUGCUCCUCCUCCUCCUCCUCCUCCUCCUCCUCCUCCUCCUCGGGGCUGAGGCCGGGCCGGGCACGGCACCAUGCGGCCCCCGCUGUCCCCGCGCCUCUCCGCCUGACGGAGCCCCCCGGCCCUGCCCUGCCCUGCCCUGCCCUGCCGUGCCGUGCCAUGCAGCCGACGCUCCGCUAGGCGCCGGCUGGAGCUCGCAGCCCGCUCCCUCGGCCCCCCGGCGGCACCGGCACCAUGAGGAACGGCGAGGACCUGGAGGGCUUCGAUGGCGAGGCGUCCAGCACCUCCAUGAUCUCGGGGGCCAGCAGCCCCUACCAGCCCACCACCGAGCCCGUCAGCCAGCGCCGAGGGCUGGGCGGCCUCCGCUGCGACCUGGACUACCUGCGGGGCACCUUCGGCAGGAUCAAGCUGGCGGAGGUGGUUUUGGCACUGAUUGCAUUCAUCUGCAUAGAGACCAUCAUGGAAUGCUCCCCUUGCGAAGGCCUUUAUUUCUUCGAGUUUGUGAGCUGUAGUGCAUUGGUGGUUACUGGAGUUCUGUUGCUAAUGUUCAGUCUAAAUCUUCACACAAGAAUACCACAGAUCAACUGGAAUCUUACUGAUCUGGUAAACACUGGACUCAGCACUUUGUUCUUUUUCAUUGCCUCUGUAGUACUUGCUGCUUUAAACCAUAAAACUGGAGCAGAGAUUGCUGCUGUGAUAUUUGGUUUCUUGGCAAUGGCAGUGUAUGCUGUGAACACAUAUUUAGCUAUCAAAAAGUGGCGAAUGAACAGCAGACAACAAAACAGUCGUCAGACCAGUGAUUACAUACGUGCUCGGACAGAAUCCAGAGAAGUAGAUCAUCGCCCUGAGAUUCAGCGUCUGGAUGCAUGAAGCGAUACUCAAAUGGGACUGCAAUGGGAAAAGAAGUGCUCAUGGAAUAAACUCCCUCAUGGAAUAAAGUGUUUUUUUCUUUAUUUAAGGAAGUAAAGGAAGAUCAGUUGGUGGCAAAGAAUGUCGAGCCCUGCAUAUGUGCGUAGAUGCAUUGAGUCAGAAGCUGUUGUCAUGAAGGCAGUAAAUGUUGGUCAUUCAAAAGCAAGAGCCAUUUAAGACAUCCACAUAUAUAUAUACAUAUAUAUAAAAUAUAUAUUAUAUAUAUAUAUGUUGCGAAGUACAUUAAUGUGUUGGAUUAACUGCACAAAACUUUUCUUCUCUCUCCUAAGUGCAAGCUCUGGAUACACAUUCUGUCACUGUAUCUUCGUCUGUCAUAAACACUAAGACCAGCAUUAUCUUGUUUGUUUAAUAUAAGAAAGAAAUCCACCAGAAGAAAAAUUCAUACCUGUGAAAAGGAAGUGAGGGGCAAAUAGCAAUAACUUCAGUCAUGCAUUGUGUCCAGCAAUUCUCUGUGUCCUUCCUUGUGCAGCCUUGGCGGUGCAGUUCAAUUCUCAUCUGCAAGAUCUCACGCAGUUUCAUUGGUGGCUCACUCAUAUAGCUGAAAUAAACAGACGGAUCAUGUCUUUGGGUUGAUGGAUUUAAUGUUGAGGUAGUUGUCUUUGGAUUACUCUGAAAUCACCACAUUCAGUUCAUGCAUGACCUUUGUUGGAUCUGAACUUAUGCAAGAUUAGCAUGUUUACUGAAUGGUCACCAUACUGUAAUGCUUCCAGUGCGAGUAUGUGGGGUUUCUGUUAACGUUGGGAUACGUACUAUUUUGCUUUUCAAAAUGGGGAAAAAGGCAGGGUGGAGAAGGGGGAGGCAGAGGGGCACAGUAAUGAAGGGGAGAAAGAAUGAAUUGUCAUUCAGUAAACUUGCAUUCCAGUCAUGUUUUUUUUUUUUGUUGUUUUGUUCUUUUAAGGUUCAACCUUUCUGAGAAGCAUAGGGUAAGCAAGAACUAUCAAAAAAUUCUUGUACUUAGAAUGUAAUCUUAGGAACACUGUAUUAUGAUUCAUCUAAGACACAUUUUCCUUGCUCAGAGGGUUACUUGAUUCUUCUAAAAACUGUUAGUAGUAAGCAAAAUGUUAUUUUAAUUGGGUAUGUCUGCAAAAAGUUUUUCUAGUAUUUGUUGAUUUAUUUAAGAACGGUUUUACCUAACUGAAGUUUUCUUAAUUGUACUUCCAGUGAAGAUGAGGGUGUUAUCUCUAAUCAAAACCCGAGUUCUGCAGUAAUCAGUUUCAUAAUGUUAAAACAAAGAAGUUCCUCAGUAUUUUUCUGGUUUUAUGGCCGGUGUUUUUAUCUGUGUAAUCUAUUAUUUGGCAUAUGGAUGUCUGCAUAUUACAUGAAGAAAUGUUGCAGGGUAAAGAUCUUGAGUGCUGGAUUCCUUCCGGGUUUAGGCUAAUGAAGUAACUGAAAUUAGUGGAACUACGCCUGAAUUUAUCUCACAUGUGAGUUUAAUGCAUUUUGUGUUGUUUGUAAUUUAGCUGUACUCUUAAGUGGUUGAAUGCAGUUAACUGGAAGCUUAAGAACAAAGGGCAAUGCACUGCAGACAGGUGAUUUUGAAAUACUAAAACCAGGUUAUUGCCAAACAGAAGAUCAGUAUAAGUGCCUGGGCUUUUUAAUAUUUGAGGGAACUGAGGGAGUUCCAGACUUAAACCAUACAUUGCAAUGUUUGAAUCAAGCAGCAGGAAAUUAAUGUGUGGAAAACUGGUUAAAAACUAAACUAACGUAACAACAAAACUGAUCUCAUUUGUUGAAAAGAUGUAAGACACGGACUCCUGAUGGCUCUUGAACAGAAGGCCUUUAUUGCCCCUUUUCACUACUCCAUAUACUUUCCCCAUAGCACCACGUGCUGUCCACGUGCCUGAAUCUGUCACACAAUUCGUUAGAGACCUUCAGACGCACCUUGAGUCAGCCAGCAAUUGGCCACUGCCCCAAAGCUCAUUUUUAACACUGUAGCCAAUUUUCUUUUUGACAACCUUGCUCGAGUUUUUGUUUCUACCACUUGUUUCCUCAUUAUUUCUAAUUCAGGGAUGUGUGAAACAGCGCGGAGUCACCUGCAAAUUCCUUUCCCACAAUUUGUGAUUUUUCUGAUGUCUACAGUACAUUUCACCUGAGUUGUUAAGACUGAGAUUAAAACUAAGAGUUACUAAUGAGGUUAGAGAAAAGUUGCCUUUCUAAACUAGGAGUGGUUUGCCAGUUACUGUAUUAAUGUCUUACUUAGCUUCAUUGAAAGUUAAUACCAAAGGCAACACCAGUUUAAAAAAAGGAUCAAAACAUAGUAGCUAAUCUCUUGUUGGGUUUACAGCAUAGAUGUUUAAUUAAGGUGGUGUCUCACCAGGAUUAAUGGGUGUUUCAUGAAAAGAAAAUGACAGCUCAGUGUUCACUCUGGCAUGAAAUAAUUAAGUUACUGAAGCCAGCAUAGUUGCUUUAGCCCUGUUGUUUUUCAGUACUCUAAAAGUAGCAUGAGCGUAUCUAGACCGGUAUUGUAAACCAGCAUUAAAGCAGUUGGCAUAAGUAUCAUUUUAAAAUAAUAAUAUAAAAACUAAUUAAAGCCUUACUCACAUACAGAAUAUUGUCCUGCAGAAGAUCCUUGCUUUUGGAGUGGUACCCACAUCUGAAGUCAAGAAACAGAAGUUAGGUCUUACGUAAGAAGUUACGUCUUACAAAAAGUGUAGGCUUUCCAUUGAGUAUAUCCUGAUGCUGGUUAAUGAAAGGAUCAAAAUGGUGUGUAUGAAAGAAAAUGCCCUUUUUUCUCUUCCGUAGUCCCCGUGCUGAUUCAGUUCAUCUGACUUCUCAGAAAUAUGGGAGGUCUCAUGCAUCUACAAGUUUAUGGCUUUAUCUUCCAAAUCCUUACACCUUUCCGUACCUAGACUAAAGAUAACUUCACAGAGUUUUUUUCUGGAGUGAGAUCAUGAAAAGCUGUUGUUAUCUUUUAGCUGGAAUGACAAAUGCUUACUUAGUAUGAAUGAUAGUUAUAUUUCUAAUAUCAUAUAAUACUUCAUCCUGUAGUAUAGUAUAGCUGUAUGACCUUGAGUACUUUUACACAUGAAAUAAGUUUUCUUGAGUUGAGAACGAUAUGCUGUUAUUUAUUACUUACAUCAAUAAUGACUUGAGCUUAGCACAGCUUUCAGGAUAGAAUUCAAAGAGAAUAUGAAUUGAAAAAAAUAGUAUCUGAUACAGUUGGAAAACAGGAAAACAAAUGUAAAUUUGUAAUUUCCUUAUUUUGGGGACCAAAGAUGAUUUUAGUAUUGUACAGUAUAUACUUUCUAAAAGUCUAAGUUAAGCAUUUAUUACUCUUCAGAGACAUUAUUUACUAUUUGCAUUAUAGAGUAGGGAGAUAAAGUGACGAUGAGAUGGACAACUAAAAUCGAAGCAUUAAGAUCAUAUGAUGCAUAAGUGGUUGAUUUUUUUUUUUCUUUUUCCCCAGACAAUUUUAUAUAAUGGUUUGAAGAGGUGGUGAUGUUUUAUUAAGACUGUUAUCAGAACUGCAGUCAUCAUAAAAGGGAAAAAAAAAUCUCUUAAGGAAUAAAACUGAGGUAAAAAGGUGUUUUUUUUUUUCAUUUUUUAAAAUUUUAUUUUUUUUAUUUUAAAUGGGAAAAAGUGCUUCUUCCAGCCACCUAAUCUUAUUUGAAAGCAUAUAGGGUUAAUGUUUCCUGAGCAUACAGGGUUAGUUUUCCCUUUAGUGUUAAAGAGUGCUGUUUAGCUUCACAAAGGGACCCAAAACCACUGUAAAUAAAACUAAAUGAAAGCUAAACACCUGAAACUUCUACGAAUGGGAUGCUUGAAGCUGUAGUGACAUUCUGAUUAAUCCUCUUAAGUCAAAACUAAGUCCUCAAGUGUGCAAUCUCCAUGUAUUGCUGCAUGUAGAAAUGAGGGCAAGUUUUGCAAGCUAUGCAGACAUUGAAAUAUUCAUUAACAAUAGGAAAUGAUUGGAGUAACAGCAUAGUAAUUGUUGUAUAGUGUUUCAAGAGUAGGUAUCUUCCUUUUAAUGCUAUGGUCAGUUUGGUCAGCCUUAGUUCAAGUUUAUUAUACAUACAUGUAAUGACGUGCAAACUGCCUACAAUAGAAGCAGGUUUCUAAAACCAUAAGAACUGAUUUGUCAGUUUAAUUGCUCCUUAGUAAAGUUGGUUCCUUUUUAUUCUCUGCUUGUUCCUUCCAUUUCAUAAAUUCAUGUCUCAUCUGUCUUACGUUUUAAUGUUUAGUUUUGUUAACCCUUCUUUGUUAUCUGUACAGUGUCUGCUUCACUAUAAGGAGGACAAGAAUAGCAUGUCCGAUGUCCUUUUGCUUAAGUAUGUACUCUUACCUUUUGUGAUAGCUUAUGUUAUUUGGGCUGGAUAUGCUGGGGGAUUUUUUAUUUUGUCCCAUGGACUUUGGAAGCUAGCUGGUAUAGUAUUCGUUUCUUCUAGGCUUUCUGUUAGGAGCCACAUGCUCACAGAUUGAGGACCAGAGAUUCAUCUACCUCUGCCUUUUUUUUAAGAGACAAGGUGACGAUCCUUGAGAUUUGAUGUCUAUAUUUCAGUUUGUGCUGUUCAUUGUUGGCUUUAUAUUCAUCAGCAAUGAGCCAUGCUGUGGAAGCAGCUUGCUGUCUUCAGCUUGUAAGAUGUCUCUUAGGCGUGAACUUAAAUUGGUAACAUGGGGUGCUUCUUCAUAGGCUUUGUCCCGUGUUUCACUGUGCAUCUUAUGACAUGAUCUAGAAUUGCUUUACUGUAUCUGUUUGUGUUUCAUUGUUGAGUGUAGAAAGAAGAGGGGAAAACUGGGGAGAACUUCCAAGUUUUUAAUUAUUAUGAUUAUUUUUUCAUGAAUUACUUUGUACCAUAUAAUGAUUGUCCCUUCCUAAUGCAGCAGAUUUACUGGUUCUUAAAGUGUUGCGAACAGCAGCAGAAUUGACCUGCUACAAGCUGCAUGUGGACUAUGAAUUAACCACUAGUUUUCCAUAAACGUUAAGGUCCCAAAGUAAAUGUUAUAUUUGCCACCUUUGUGCUGAUUUGGGAGUUUGCAGGUACAGUAAAUGCUUACAUAAUAAAUGGCUUUAUUAAUGCAGCCUUUUUUUCCCCCUUGUUCUGUAUCUGCUCUUUUCUUGUCCUGUGACACCUUUGUAAGCAUUUCUACCUGUUCUCUUUUUCUUUUUUUUUUUUUUUUUUUUGGUGGUUGUUUUUAGGGUAUAAUUUCACCAAAAAAAAAAAAAAGUUAAUAGCAAUUCAAAUAGGGUAGAAAAUAAUAUAUUCACUUGUAGUCAGAUGAGAUACUGAGCAGCUUUGCGCAUGAAAAUUGGAGCCUAAAUGACAAAUCCUAUGCUGAAAGCUCUGGAGCCAAGCAUCUUCAGCAGAUACUUAAGAGAGAGAAAUGUAGGCUCAUUUAGAUUAUGAAUAUGAAACGUAGUAAAGGAUGGGAAGGAGAAAGAAAACCAAACCUGAUGCUUAGUAAUUUGGUGUUUUCAAAACAUGUGAAUGUGAAGAAUCCUCAACUGCAGAAGGAAAUUUAUUUUCUGCACUUCAUAGAGAAGUUUACAGAGACACUUUGACUUGGUGAUAAAAGUAGGUGUAGAAAUGUUUCUCUGUUCCUAAUCCUGGGGCCAGGCUGCCUACGUGUUAUGGUUGGAGAGAUUCUACACCCAUUUUGUUAAUGGUGUAUUAAAACCUGAGGUACGUUGACAAAUCAUUGUGAUUAUCAAAUGACUUCUACUGAGCUCAAGUGUCGUGGUUGGUUCGCAAAGAGCUGCAGGAUCUAGAAGCUUGCAUCAGGAGGGAUGUAUGUAUCUGGAAGAAUGGAUUCUUUCAGACUGGGAUUUCUGCUUAGUCCCGCUGUGAUGAGUAAAGCCAUCAAGUAGCAUUUCUGAAACUGGGUGCAUAGUUUGCUGUUUAUGGGAUAAAAUAAUAGAUUGUUUGUAGGGCCUUUUAGCCAACAAAGAUCAAAGACUGUGCUGAUACAGAUAUCAUGUAUUUCAAAUUUAAUGGCAACAAAAGUAAUCAUUUUACAAUGAAACUGAAAUGGGCAAAAAAACAAACAAACAAACAACAAAAACAAAACAACAAACAAACAGCAGAAUGUUGUACUUUUUGCCUAGAAAUAUUUUCUUGGAAAAAAAGAAGUGUAGGGUUUGUCAUGCUCUUCUCUUUAUUUUAACAGAAGGAGUUGAUUAAAAAUGAAUUCAUACACAUAUUCAGGAAAUUUCUAAAUUCUCUCUCUAUAGAGUUUUUCCUGAUAUGCUAUUUUCCCUGUUAGUCACAUAGAUCAAUCUGUUCAACAGAAUCAGAAUGGUGCUGUCCAGCCUGAAAGGGUUCCUUUGUUGUCUUGGUCUUAUUUUUGCAUUGUCUUUUUAAAAUCUGUCUAUAAUUUAACCAUUUGUAUUCUAUAAAUAAUCUUAAAAAAAAAAAAAAUCUGCUUACACUGUGAUUUAUAGUAGCCUUUAAUUUAGAGUAUACAACACAAUCUAAUUUUCUUUUGGGAUAUGCAGCUUUCAAAAGUGUUCUUAUAUAUGCCCGGAAAUAAAAGUUGUCUAUUUAUCAUGAAAAUGUGAUUAGGUAGUUACCUAUCCAGAGUUCCAGUGCAACUCUUUCAAAAGUGUGCUGGAUGGAUGAGUUAAUGAAAUUGCCUUUUAAUCUCUAUGGGUUAAUAAAUAUUUUUUUAUAACUAGCCACAGAUAUUCCUUUUUAAAUUAUACUUGGCAAACAGAAGAUAUUUAAUUUUAUAUACAAUAUACAUAGUUACCUUGAUUGACGUAUUUAUAACAUAGAGCUUUGAGUUUACUAUGAAGGUUUUAUCAUAUACCAUGGACUUCAUGGGUAGAAGUUUAAAAAAAAAAAAGAAAAAAAGAAAAAUAGUUACCAUAUAUGGAAGGAUAUGGAAACUUUCUUCAUAAAUUCAGAUAGAGGACAUCAGAGCAUUUCCAAAAGCAAUAGCCAGAUCUUAUUAACAGAGUAUCUGUUUUUUUCUUAUUUUUGACUGGGGCUGGUCCCUACAGCUAUUUUAGUAACAUCUGGAUGUGAGUAAAUGAAUGAAAUAUGACCAUCUGCCUCUUCCGACUGUCAAGGACUAUUGUCUAGAAUAUGGGAAAUUUCAGGGUAUUGUUUGUUUUGUUUUGGACAAAUGUCUCAAUAGACAUAUUUAGUUAAAACCUUCAUGCAUUUGAAAGAAAAUACCCUCUAUUAACUUAGGCUGAUUUAUCACUUCUGGUAACCUUUUAAUCCCAAAGGUAUUAUAGUCUAAAUAUUUUCAGUAAUGUUACGUUUAUCCAGAUGUCUGCAGGUUAAAAUGGUUCUGGCUAGCACCCUUUUAUUACAACAAUUGCUACCUUCAUUUUCUACUGUUUAUACUUUAAUCUUGAAUGUUUAACAGUUUCUACUUGUUGGAUAUUGUGAAAGGAGAGUGUAUCAUAUAGCAUUACAGUCCAUCCAGCUUUAACUCAUAUGUCACGGUUCUAGAAUAAGGUGAUAUUUUGAUUUAUAUAUUGUGGCCAAUUAAUUGCAUUUUUAAAUGAUUUCUGUACUUAAGACACAACAUUUUUAAUAGCAUUUUAAUAACAAAUGAUUAGCUCAUCAUUUUAUCUGUCUAAACUUACUCUCUUCUGUGUUAAUGUCAUUUUGAAUCUAUUUGUAUAUGUUGAAGUUUGUAAGGGUUCAGGAACCCACAAUAAAAUAGUAAAGUAUGUAUUUAUUUCUCAUUAUAAUGCUCAGUUUUGAUUUAAAAGUUGACACUUUGUAUGUCUUUUCACAGAACUGUAAACUAAUACCGAAAAACUGCUUCACCUAGGGUGCCUUCCAUGUGUGGUAUAAACACUUGUCAUUCACAAAAAAUAGAGAUGUAAAUUUAUUAAACCAGUAAACACUAUUUUUGUAAUGUGAGUCACUAAUGCAUCUCUGGCUUUAUUGUGCUUUAUUUUCACUAAAAACAGUUUUAUGGCUACUGUAGUCAUUGUUUCCCUUUGUGUACUGCAUAGUAAAUAUGGUCUCAUGGUGAAUCAAAAGAUUGUAUCACUUCUGCUCUUCUCUGCCUUCAGCUGCUACCUGAAAGAUGGAGAUAAAGCACAUUGCUGAAGUGAGCUAGAAGGUAUUCCAACCCUUUCCUUGAGACUUGUAUAAAGAAAUGCUCAGUGUGGGAUGUCUGUAUCCUUGGUGCUGAUUCAGGGUCCUCUAGAAAAACAUAGUAGGCAUAAUCUAAACAUUUCUGAUACUAGCUCAUAAUUCACAAUUUAUGGUGUCUGAGAAAGGAGCAUCCCGGCCUGGAAGACUUAUCCCUUGGGGAUAUAGGUUCUGUACUGACAGAUUGGUAAUUGUGAACAGCUCAGAUGUAUCAGUCAAAAUAGUGGGUUAGAAUUCUGUCUUCGGACUGAGUGAAGGGGAUGCAAUUUUCUUUUUAACAUACGAGCACAAUUCUGCUAUGUAAUACCAUUGGUAUUUUGUUUUUGAAGUUUGAAAAACUGUAAUGUAUUGCCAAGGAAAAUCUUCUAAGCGUUCUGUAUGUGCUGCUGCAAAUGCAGAACCUGUCUCUGUUAUCCUUACUCAGGCAAAAUUCCCCAUUGAUGGGGGACUGCAGGAUCAGGUAUCUAUUUAUCACCAUAAACACGUUCUGAUCAAGGAUUUGAAGAAUAUCACAAGCUAGCAAAUGUGCAUAUAAAGACAAUGUACAGCCUUGAAGCAAUCUCACAUUAUUUUGGUAAGUAUUUGUGGUCUCAUUUAAACUGCUCACAAGGCCAGCUGAUAAAAUUGAUGCUUUCUGUAGAGGUACCACUGAUCUGUGAUCUGAUGUUACUUCUCAGUAAUACAUGUGUAAGCAUAGCAUCUUCCAGCUCUGUAUGUGAAAAUCGUGCUCUUAAUGCUUGGACAAUUUCAAAGGCAAGGUAACUCUACAAGAAAACCUAGCUUCUAACUUGUGUUUUACACCAAUGAUGAUUUUUCAGUCUGUUGUGCACUUCUUUUCUGUCAGUUUUAAUGAUAAACAAAAACACAAGCUGAAGAAUUUUCUUGGAAUACAGAAAGCAGUCCUUGUUUUUUUUUUUUUGUUUUUUUUUUUUUUUUUUUGUUGAAAUCCAUACCAUCCUAGCAUAAUUUAAAUGGUGUAUUUAUAGGUUUUAAAUGUCAUGUUGUUUUUCCAGUCUUUUGUAUAUGGGCACAUUACUUUUUGUAAUUUUUUAUUUAGUUGUCUUUCAGUUUUUUCUUUCUGAUAUCUGAAGAUUUGAGCUCUAUGGAUUUUCAUGGUACUCCUCUGAUUAUGUCUUCAUAGUGUUAAAAGUGUAUUUUUGUAUGUAGGGAAAAUGGUAGUUUUCUAACACUUACUUUGAUCAAUAUAGUAUGAAAUCAUUUGUGAAGGACUUCCUGUUCAAUAAAUGGACAUGUUAAAGCA